GUGUACAAAUCUCUUAGUUUUGUGAGAUACACGGAGGUAAAGACCGUGUUAAGUAAAUGAAGAAGAAAAAAAUCAAAAGAAAAAAAAACAUAAAAAUAACUAUAAUUAAAAUAUAGUUAAAAAUGGGUAUUCGUAUGCAAGUGUGUGGUUCUAUUAUAGUAUGUUUCCUCAGCAUGAGCAUGGGAGCGAUGUUCACAUGGCCUUCCUCAUCACUCAUGCUGCUCAGAUCGGAGGACACGGUACUCAACAGGCCCAUGACUGACGGGGAAGCGGCCUUACUCGGCAGUAUAUCUAGUAUAAGUGGCCUCAUCAGUUGUCCUAUAGUCGGCUUCUUUUUGGACAAAGUGGGAAGAAAAUAUUGCGCGAUAGUGUCGUCUUCUAUGAGCGUAAUAUGUUGGACACUAAUAGCCUUCUCUUCAAAAGUAGAACUAGUUUUAGCGGCCAUCUUCAUAUCGGGCCUUAGCGGCGCUGCAUACCUGGUAGUUCCUGUGUUCGUCAGCGAAUUCUGCCAAGACUCCAUCCGAGGGGCAAUGACCUCAGGGUCAGUGAUCUUCAGCGGGACCGGCAUGCUGUUGUCGUACCUUCUCGGGGGAUUGCUGGAUUACUACACCAUGUCUUAUGUCUACCUGGUAGUUUCAAUCGUGAGCGUACUCCUGCUAUUUUGGCUGAGAGAAUCUCCCGUGUAUCUCAUGAAAGUGGGGCGGGAAAAGGACGCAAUCAACUCAGUCGCCUUCUACCGAAGCGAGCCGCCGACUUCCAAAGAAGUGUUGCAUGAAAUCGACAACAUCCGACGAGCCCUAAGUUUCGGACCAGACAGUGAUUGCCCCGAAGAAGAGACCUUGAAAACAAUGAAGAAACCUGACAUAUCACCUUGGGAAUUCUUCAAGCGUUCGAAGGCAACCCGCCGCGCCUUCUACAUCUGUCUCAUUCUCACGACAGCGUCCGUCUUCCAAGGCAUAGUUGUGGUUCAAGUAUACGCAGGACCUCUGUUCGAACAGGUGAUUCCAGAAAUGUCGACCACAUUGGCAAGCGUUCUGUUCGGAGUCAUAAGCGUGACCACAGGAUUCGUAGCAGCGUAUCUGACUGAUCUCAUCGGAAGAAGGCCUCUGAUCAUUUACUCGUCCGCGGCGGCCGGCGCCUGCUGCGUGCUGUGCGGCACUCAGAUCCAGCUGGAGUGGGGCCCCACUUGGGUGACUCCCUUCUUCAUAUACCUCUUCACCAUGUUCUACACCUUCGGCGCGGGCACGGUGCCUUUUGUGCUCAUCGCUGAGAUAUUCUUACCAGAGGUCAAGAGCUACAUCAACAUGAUCUCAAUCGAAUGGCUGUGCCUCUGCAACUUCCUCAUCCUGGUCAUCUUCGAUCCCCUGACCAACCUCAUCGGGCUUGGCAGCGUCUUCCACCUCUUCGCCGCCAUCUGCAUCCUCACCGGGAUCUUCAGCUUCUUCUUCAUUCCAGAGACCAAGGGGUUACCAGUGGAUGAAAUCCAAAGUCUGUUCGCUCCGCCGAAAAAAACUGAACAGUUUAACAUGUCUUAGUGGAGUGAAUUUGGAACUAUGGGCGCAUUUUAAAUACGAUGCAAUGUGAUGUAACCAAUGACUUUUUGGUUGACUGGAAGAAAUCCCAUUGGGGGAUAAUUUAUAAUUACAUCAAACCACUAAAUAAUUUGUUAUAUUUAUUUUUAUGUGCAAUAAAUUACAUACAUACAUACAUACGUACAUUUUGAAUGAUCGUAAAAACCGCCUUGUAUAAAUUUCCUUUACUUAAUAAUCAUGUGUACAAAUGAAUAUUUAAGUUAUAUAAGAAAUAAAAAUACUUAUACACACUU